AUGGCUUCCAAAUUGCUACUCAUUGGUGUCUUUGUUCUUGACUUGAUUGCUUUUGGACUUGCUGUUGCUGCUGAACAAAGAAGAAGCACUGCCAAGAUUGUUCCAGACAGGGAUCAAGACUAUAACUAUUGUGUCUAUAACUCCGAUAUAUCAACCGGCUAUGGUGUUGGAGCAUUUCUAUUCCUCCUUGUUAGUCAAAUUGUCAUAAUGGUUGCCAGUCGAUGCUUCUGUUGCGGGAAGCCUCUAAAGCCCGGAGGCUCAAGAGCGUGUGCAGUCAUUCUUUUCAUAAUCUGCUGGGUGUUUUUCUUGAUAGCCGAGAUGUGCCUAUUGGCGGGAUCAGUUGAAAAUGCUUAUCACACAAAGUACAGGACCAUCAUUGUGGAGGAUCCUCCUUCCUGUGAGAUGGUAAGGAAGGGAGUUUUUGCUGCUGGUGCCGCCUUCAUUUUCUUCACUUCCAUCAUUUCGAAGUUCUAUUAUAUCAACUACUCGAGUGCGAGGGAAAGUUUCCAACCAUAUCUUGGAGGUGGUGAGACUGGCGUCGGGAUGGGAACCUACAAAUGA